GAUUUGAAUGGAAAAAAUCGCUUUACUCACUGACAACGUGCACUUGACAAAAUUGUCCACUUCUCUGCCGUUUAAUGACAAAAAUUAAAGGAAUAAGACCUUCCGAAGCGGAAAUUUACAAACCCAACAUAAUAACUAGGUUUGAGAAUCCUUUACGCGCCGGUGCUCUCUGAAACAGUGCAAAACCCCACUCUGAAAGGAGGAUCCACACUGUACAUCAGACAAGUUGUCAACAAGAACAGAGAGGUAGCAAUGACGGAAAACAACAAUGUAUCACGUUAUGUGAAAUUAACAAAGGAACGGGAUACCCAAGUAGAGGACAUACACCCUGGAGAACUUAAUCAGCCUGUACAUGUUCCACAGUUAGCCACACAUACAUGUCGAGAGUGUGGCCAGCCUCUUCCUGAAAGUUACGAGCCACCAGCAGAUGAACCUUGGACUACCGGAAUUUGUGGUUGUGCUGAAGAUCCUGAAACUUGCUGUCUUGGCUUGUUCUGUCCAUGCAUAUUAUUUGGACGUAAUAUUGAGAGGCUAAGGGACGACACACCUUGGACAAGACCUUGCACUUGUCAUGCAAUUUUUGUUGAAGGUGGCAUGGCUUUAGGUUUAUUGACAGCUAUAUUCCACGGAGUUAAUCCUCACAGUGCUUUUCUGAUUGGAGAAGGCUUAUUAUUUGCAUGGUGGAUGUGUGGCAUAUACACUGGUCUGUUUAGGCAAACCUUACAGAAGAAAUAUCACCUUCAGAAUUCACCAUGCGAUCCAUGUAUGGUCCAUUGUUGCAUGCAUUGGUGUGCACUCUGUCAAGAACAUCGAGAAAUGCAAGGUCACUUGUCAGAAGAUAUUGUGAUUCCAAUGACUCUCAUAAAUCCACCUGUUCCUCAAGAAAUGCAUGCUUCUGAGAAUAUGAAUUCUGGUUUUGUUGAGAACAACGAGCACCAAAACCAUGCACAGAUGCAAGUGCCAUGAAAGUGAGACUAACUUGGCUGUAUCUUUUUGUAACGUUUUUUUGCCUGCUUAAAAGCAAUUUACUUGAAUAAACAUUUUGUUGUAAAAACAAGUUGAAUGUAGCAUGUUGCAAUUAUUGUAUUCGAGUGAAGAUUGAAAAUCUUGCAUUGUCAUACAUAGGUGCAAAGGGGUUUUUAAAAUUGGAUCAUUAACUUAUUUAUCAGUGGUCAUGACAUUAUUUUUUAUUUUCAUAAACCAUAACUUUUCUCUUCA